AGCAGCCAAACUCAACGUAAAGCACUAGUGACUGUGGGGAAGAUAAGUUUAGAGGGACAGCUUGAGGUGUGUUUGAGAGCAGACACUCAGCACGGGACACCACAACCUGCAGACCUGCCGCAGGACAUCCGUGCUAUAGCGAGCCAUAAUGCUGUCUAUCACUAGCUCUGUCAUCAAAAGCACCCGUGUCAUCCAGCGAGUAAGACUGCUGCACACUUCUCCCGUUGUCAACAUGCCGAUUAAGGUUGGUGAACGUCUCCCUGCAGUGGAAGUCCAGGAGGGGGAGCCAGGAAAUAAGGUGUCCAUGGACCAGCUCUUCAAGGGGAAGAAGGGAGUCCUCUUCGCUGUACCUGGAGCUUUUACCCCUGGUUGUUCCAAGACUCACCUCCCAGGUUUUGUGGAGCAGGCUGCGGAUUUGAAGAGCAAAGGUGUGCAGGAGGUCGCUUGCAUUGCUGUCAAUGACGCAUUUGUGAUGGCUGCCUGGGGAAAGGAGCACGGAACAGAUGGCAAGAUUCGAAUGCUGGCGGAUGCUACUGGAGCUUUUACAAAGGCAGUCGACCUGCUACUUGACAGUGAUGGGAUUGUGCAGGCACUCGGGAACAAGCGAUCCAAGAGAUAUGCUAUGUUGGUGGAAGAUGGAGUUGUGAAGAAGAUCAAUGUGGAGCCGGACGGCACUGGGCUGACCUGCAGCCUGGCUUCCAAUGUUCUGUCUGAGCUGUAGGCUUAUUUAGAGCAUAUUAAACCCAACUGCAAACACUGAGUUACUAUAAAAGCUGCACGAACAAAGCCCAGUAGCACCCUGUUCAACCUUCCUCCUUUUCCCAAAGACGGAUGCAAAAGUCACAUGUCGAAAACCGAGCUUAAACGUAAAUAAUGCGCACAACUUUGACAUGACCGGCAAUCCAAAGGAACUAACAUAAUCCUCUGUAUACUGAUACUUGUUAGUAAAUAAAAUUCACCCUGAAAGCAA